CCAUCCACAGACGUACGUUUAAAGCCGCUGCACGUCCCAUCACUCCCAACACAACAACAAUUGAGCAUCGCAGCCUUCUUUCUCAAUCUCUCUCUCUCUAGAGCUUGAGUUCAGCAGACCAAGCUAUCGUAAUCAUUAUUAGUCACGACAGCGAGCCCCAGCUUGGUCUGCCCCGUCUUCAACUCAAGCGUGCGACGCAGCUUAGGAAUAACUUAGUGCACACAACAACAAGUUCCUGCCUGUGAACUCGACUGGAGACCACUUUCAGGUGUUGGGACUGGUCAAAAGCUUCAAACUGUCUUCUGGCGUAUCGAUCUCCUUGAAUACGACAGUCGAGAGGGUGCAGCGAUUCCAUUAGCUCGUGGCGCCAUAGCUUACGAAAUUCUUCUCUUUUCAAGCACUCUUCAACGUUCAGACCUCGGAAGAUCACAUAUUUCGACAUGAGUUUCCUGAAGCUCCUGGUGGCUCUCUCAUUCUUCCUAGCAACAGCGCGAGCAGCUACUGCCCCAGCUGGUGCUCCAAUUAUUGCUCCUUCGACCUCCAUUGACACCAACUCGACCCCAACAGAAUUAACGACUGCAAUGAUCUUUUCCAAAUGGACCGUCUAUACAGGGGCUGCACUCAAUGGAUUCAAGAACGUCGUCUUCACCAAGGUAGACACAGAUCCAUCGAACAUGUGCAACAUUCUUGGCUACUACGACCCGACUGCCCGAAAUGCUACCACAGCCGUCACCUGUUUUGAAGAUUUGCAGGCCAUGAUCGUCUAUGCUUACCAGCAAGGUCUCAAGGUAUAUUACGUGGGCACCAUGUACUUAGCUGGUCCUGAUGGGCCUGACAACGACUGUGCAGUCAUCUGCAGACCCUUCAGUGGCAGUUCUGCCGCCUAUGGCCGUGGAGGCAUUUUCAGCUACGGUGCUUUGAGCUUGGUGCUCUCCACAGCCAUUGUAUUAGUAACAGAAUUUUUUUAUUAAUUAUGGACAUAUAUAAGGUUAAAGCUAACUUCACAGCAUUCUUUGAUUUCGAAUCAGUUCGGACAAGGUUUCAUUGUAUGAUCUUUCGAACCCUGACUAGAAUCUAGCGCUUCUCUCAAUUCUCGUGAGGCAGUUCAAUCCAAGCUUUUAGUCAUUGACUGGUUCGCCUUCACUUCUUCAAUUGACUCCUUAGCUGUAUCAUUGAUUCAAUCUGGUUCAUAUUCACUCCCCUCCAUUUUCAGUUUCCGUGACAUGGGCUUUUCCAGUGACAAACUUUCGAGAAUGAGAAA